UUUCAGGUACACUUUCUCUCUCUACAACUAUACAUAUAUGUUGUAUAUAUGUAUAUUGUUUAUGAUCGAUGUAUCUGUGAUGAUAUUGUUCUGAUGAGAGCUCAAUGACGGUGGUAGAUUAGGAGAUAUUUGAUAUUAUCUGGUAAGAGCUUGAAUGGAGUUGUGGUCAAAUAUAUUUGGUUGAUUAGUUGACUUUUGAUGAGAGUUGAUGGGAAAAGUAAGGCAAUGUUUCGUAGCGUGGAAUUCGAGACUCGAAUUUGGAUUGGAGUUGUUUAGUUUGAAGAUGAAUCUGAAUUUGCUCCAUGUUGAAAUUUAUGAUUAUGAGAGUGUAUAUUUAUGUAUGUAUGUGUGGUUGAAGUAUUUGGGUUAGGUUUUGCUAAUUGCUUUCAGUCAUUUCCAGCAUAGCUUUUCAUCGGCGGAAAUGGAAGAUUUGGGAGCUAGAUACACAGAAGACACACCCAAACCGCGGUUUUGUUAUAUGUUGCAAGAGUAAACUUCUGGUAUUUUGUCAGCAUAACUGAGUAUGUGCUAAGACCCUUUCUUACAACUCAGAAGGUCUAGGGCACAUACCAUUAUUGAAGGUACUGAAUCCUUUUGACAUUAUGCAUGUCUGGCCCUGUGGCCAUUGCGGACAACGGCGAACGAUCACUAUCUAUUUCAAGUAGGACAAGAUCUCUUGAUUCUGUAUCAUUUCACAACAGUGACAACAACCAUGCUUUGACAAACGGAGAGACUGCUCGUUCUUCUACUGAAUCUGUUGCCUUCAGAUAUGGAGAGCUCAAACUCCCAAAUGGGGAAUUUUACUCUGGUUCUCUGCUUGGAAAUGUACCUGAGGGUUCAGGAAAGUACGUUUGGUCAAGUGGUUGCAAGUAUGAGGGAGAAUGGAGACGGGGAAUGUGGCAUGGCUCUGGAAAACUUCAUUGGCCUUCUGGGGCUAAUUAUGAAGGAGAGUUUUCAGGUGGGUAUAUGCAGGGUACAGGAACAUACAUUCGAUCUGAUAAACUAGUCUAUAAAGGUCGUUGGCGUUUGAGCCGGAAACAUGGGUUAGGCUAUCAAGCUUUUCCUAAUGGAGACAUCUUUGAAGGAUCUUGGAUUCAGGGUUCCCCAGAUGGGCCAGGUAAGUAUACAUGGGCUAAUGGAAAUGAGUACUUGGGUAAUAUGAAAGGAGGGAAAAUGUCAGGGAAAGGGGUCUUUACUUGGACUAAUGGCGACUCUUAUGAAGGGAGCUGGUCCAAUGGAGUUAUGCAUGGUUUUGGAGCUUAUACAUGGAGUGAUGGUGGGCGCUAUGUCGGAACAUGGACAUGGGGUUUAAAGGAUGGAAAAGGGGCCUUUUAUCCAAAUGGCUGUAGACUCCCAGCAAGACAAGAACUAUACCUUAAGGCUUUGAGAAAAAGAGGGUUGUUGUCAGACCUGCAGAAAGUUAAUCAAGUUUCACGUAUUCAGCAUGCUUCUUCCAUUGAUAUGGGAAACUUCAAGGUUGGUGGUAGCCGAUCAUCUCAUCGUAACUCAUCUGACAAGUUUUCAAAAGAAAACUUUUUGAAUCUGGAGUCUCGUAACAACAAUGUUUCCUUAGAAAGACGAUGGAGUCUAGAGGUUGCUAUUGAAAAAGUCAUGGGACAUGAUUUGGCAUCAUAUAUGUCUGAUUCUGGUUUACAUAGUGGGGAGGAUGAUACUAAGACUCCAAUUCUCGAAAGAGAAUAUAUGCAGGGGAUUUUAAUCAGUGAGCUUGUGGUAGAUAGUAGUUUUUCACCGGGUUCUAAAAGAGAAAUGAGGAGACAGAGGAAACUAGUGAAGGAUGUUAAGAGGCCAGGGGAAGCAAUUAUUAAGGGUCAUAGGAGUUAUGAUUUAAUGCUCAGUUUACAGCUUGGCAUCAGGUAUACUGUGGGGAAAAUAACACCAGUUCAAAAGCGAGAAGUACGGACGGCAGAUUUUGGCCCUCGAGCUAGCUUCUGGAUGAACUUUCCUAAAGAAGGGUCUCAACUGACACCUACUCAUCAGUCGGAGGAUUUUAAGUGGAAGGAUUACUGUCCAAUGGUUUUCAGGAACUUGAGAGAGAUGUUUAAGAUUGAUGCUGCUGACUACAUGAUGUCUAUUUGUGGCAAUGAUGCACUAAGAGAACUUUCUUCUCCUGGGAAAAGUGGUAGUGUCUUUUUCCUGUCUCAAGAUGAUCGGUUCAUGAUAAAGACAUUAAGGAAAUCUGAAGUACAGGUCCUUCUGCGAAUGCUUCCGGACUAUCACCGUCACGUGCGGACGUAUGAUAACACACUGAUAACUAAAUUUUUCGGUCUCCACAGGAUAAAACCAUCAAGUGGCCAAAAGUUCCGCUUUGUAGUGAUGGGAAAUAUGUUCUGCACAGAAUUAAGGAUCCAUAGAAGAUAUGACUUAAAAGGUUCUUCCCUCGGGCGUUCUGCAGACAAGGUUGAAAUAGACGAGAACACAAUACUCAAAGAUCUUGAUCUAAACUAUUGCUUUUAUCUAGAACCUUCUUGGCGUGGUGCUCUGCUGAAACAGAUUGAAAUCGAUAGUAACUUUUUGGAAGCUCAGAAUAUUAUGGAUUACAGCCUUUUACUUGGUGUUCAUUACCGAGCCCCUCAGCACUUGAAAUCUUUGAUGUCUUACAACCAAAGCGUAACAACAGAUGGAUUGGGAAUUGUUGCAGAAGAAGAAUCCAUGGAGGAUGAGAUAUCACCCCAAGGACUUGUUUUGGUCCCGCGUGGAUCUGAAGAUGGUACCGUGGUUGUGGGCCCACAUAUACGGGGAAGCAGACUGCGAUCAUCAGCUACUGGUGAUGUGGAAGUGGAUCUCCUUCUUCCCGGCACAGCCAGGUUACAGAUACAGCUUGGGGUGAACAUGCCAGCAAGAGCAGAGCUUCUUCCAGGUGAAGAAGAAAAACAAAUGUUUCACGAGGUAUACGAUGUCGUAUUAUACCUGGGCAUCAUCGACAUAUUGCAAGAGUACAAUAUACAAAAGAAGAUUGAACAUAAAUAUAAAUCAUUUCAAUUCGAUUCUCUGUCCAUAUCGGCCGUGGACCCCACUUUUUACUCGGAACGGUUUCUCGAGUUCAUUCAGAAGGUAUUCCCUCCAAAUGGCACACCAAACUAGUUAACAGUUUGACAUUCUUGUUUGCGAGUUUCGCCUUCAAUGAGCUUCUCGCUUUCCGAAUAUCGCACAAAACGAUUUCAUAAUCGAAGAUCGUAAAAAGAUAAAGGAGGAGAAUUUGCAUUAGAAGGUAGAGAGAGUGAAAGAAGAUGAAUUUUGGAUCUAUAAAGACAUGGCUGCCUGUCAUGUUGCUGGUUGUGUUGACAUUCAGUUCUUAAACCUUUUCUAUGCAUACAGACUGGUCUUUCUUCUUUCA